CUUCUUCAGUUCGUUCUCUGUUCCGCAGUAGGGUUAAUCUCAAAUCUAAUUUCAUCCCUUAAAACUGAAAUAUUACCAAAAAAAAAAAAAAAAGAAAAAUUAUCAACAAUUGUUAAUAUUAACAAAAAGUUUAAACUCACAAGAAAAAUAAUAAUCACACCUGUUAAUAAAUACGGUCAAGUGUUUUUUCAUUCAUAGAAAGUGCAUUUAUUCUUCUGUUUACAAUAUAUAUAUACCUGUAUUUGAAAGGAGGCGCUCUUUUAAUCACUCCUAUUCGCAUAUAUAGCUAAUUGCUUUUUUAUUUGAAUUUUUUCAAAAGUAAAUUUUGAAAAAUCUACCUGGAAAACAAAUUGGAAAAAUCUUCUAGUAUUUCAUCUAUUGCAGUGUUGCCUGCGAAUAGUUACCACACAAGCACCAUGCACGAUUGUACUGAAUGAAUCUCUUUUCUUGUCUUUUAGUUGGCUGAGAACACUCACCUAUAGUAGUGGCACAGUAUCGUAAAACAAUGGAGAGUUUCAAAUCCAUAUUGUUCUAUUUUGGAACAAAGUAUGGAGUGACUCAGUAAAAAUGGAAAAGGCAGAUCAAGAAGCGUGUAUGCUGAGGGAUUCGACACCUCGGAGCCGGUGCGAGAACCGUCGGAAGGUCCUUAUGGUAGCUGACGGUGUCGCGGGUGCCGUGCCAAACGAGAUUCAGGGGUUAAAAGGCUGGCCGCGUCGCUGGAGCCAGUCGACAAAUACCUAUAUUUAGAAGAAUGGCCGAUAGGAACCGAAACUUCCUUCGUGAAAAUCCUAGCGACGCGGUGAAACCAAAUCUCAAGAAUCAUAAUAAUAAUAAUAAUAACAACAAUGAUUCGGGAAUUGUCAGUCCACCACGAAAAGAGGGUCUUUAUGUGAAAAAAGAUGCAAGCAAUUAUCAACGCCUCGUUAACUAUCAAAAAGAUGAAAUUCCACAAAAGAAUAAAGAUUUAGAAUCAAUAUCACGUGAUCAUAAAUAUAAAGAGAAAAAACGUGGACAAGCGCCUAUUGUUGGUUGGCAUAAUGGUAGUCCAACUGUAUUUCCCAGUUCACCAUUAAGUUCACCCGAUCAGGAAUCAUUGGAUAAAUUUGAUUCAACACGAACGGAAAAUACAAAUGGAAAUAAAACAAGAAGCUCGUCCAGAAGUUCUGGAAUUGAACAAGAUAAUACAGAGAAUCUCAGUAGUAUUGCUGAUGAACGAUUAAUGUUAAAUACACCGCCAUUUACAAUUGAUGAAAGUGAAUCAUUAACACCCGAUGGUGAAAUACAAUUAACAACAAAUGAUGAUUAUAGUAUUGGCGAUGAAUUUCGUGAUAAAAUUGAUUUUUUAAGUCCAGUCACCGAUUGUACUGAGGAUAGAAUACCGGCAACUCCUGUUGAUAGUUAUUUAACAUCACCAAAUUUAACAGUUGGUCCAAGUCCAACUGAACAGGAUAUUAAAAAAUCACCGGAUAAAACACAAGGUAUACUUGUCUAUCGUAAAUAUUCGGAUCCUGAAAAAAUUUUAAUUACAAAUCCCGGUUAUAUUGAGAAUGAUAAAAAAAGAGAUUCAAUUGAUGGUGCUGAAAGUAUAUUAGAGAUAUAUGAUGAUGAAGAUGAAUUGGAAUCAUCGAAUGAUGAAACAGAAACAAUUAAACCAAAAAUACCUGAUGGCGGUUGGGGUUGGGUUGUGGUAAUGGCGUCAUUAAUAAUUUCAAUGAUUGCCGAUGGUGUUUCAUUUAGUUUUGGUUUAUUGUAUAGUAAAUUUUUAGAGGAAUUUGAAGCAUCAAAAUCAAAAACUGCUUGGAUUGGUUCAUUAUUUAUGGCUGUUCCAUUAUUAUCGGGACCAGUUAUGUCGGCAUUGGUUGAUCGUUAUGGAUGUAGAAAUAUGACAAUUGCCGGUGGAUUUAUAUCAGGAAUGGGAUUUGUUUUGAGCAGCUUUAGUAACAGCAUUGAGGUAAUGUACCUGACUUUUGGCGUCAUUGCAGGAUUAGGUUUGGGUUUGUGUUACGUCACUGCGGUUGUGAGCAUUGCUUAUUGGUUCGAUAAGAAAAGAACUCUAGCUGUAGGUCUAGGGGCAUGUGGUACAGGUAUUGGUACGUUUGUUUACGCACCAAUGACAUCAUUUUUCAUUAAGGAAUAUGGCUGGAGGGGAACUGUACUUCUAUUGGCGGGUACAUUUUUUAAUAUGAUUGUUUGUGGCGCUGUAAUGAGAGAUCCAGAAUGGUGGAUUUUGGAGCAAAGAAAGCAAAAUUUAGGUUCACCAAAGAAGUCAACGGCAAGAUCUGAUGGUGGAAGAUCACCAAAUACUCCAGUUGAGGAAUUUCCAGGUGUUGAGGAACUUAGAAAGUUGCUUAAGAGUGGAAAAACGCCGGAAUAUUUGUUGCAGAGUCUUAGAACGAGUACGGAAACACCAACAACUGUUGAUGGAGGUGGAACAUCUUUUAGGAGUGUUGUUAAUUUACCAACUUUCGUGAGACAGAGUGAAAAGGUGCCAUUGGAGGUUUUGGAAUCCCUUUCUUCAAAUUCGAGACUUUACAACGUUAUUUUGGAAAAUUAUCCCAGUCUUUUGCUGUGCAGAUCCUUAUCCGAUAAGAAACUCGAUGAUUCGAAUGCUGAUGUUUUCAAUAAACGAGGAGUCACAAUGUCAAUGAGGUUACAAGACUGGAUAAAGCAAGCAACAGAGAAGGCAAAACGAGCCCAAAAUCAGACAAAGGAUUCUCGUCCUGGUUCGACUCAUGCAUCGACAAAAGUUCUUGCCACUAGGAGAAUGUCAAGAAAAGAUUUGGAGGAAACCAAUCCGUUAUUGGCAAAAGAAGUAGCGCAAGCUAUGGCUGAAGCUGAACGGGCAAAAUCUGUAUCGAGGCAUCAUCUUCCUGGAAUUUCAGGUGGUGUUGUUAGAACCGAUUCAUUGCCAUGGCUUAGAAGACAGUUCAGUACAAAUACUCAUUACUUCAAAGAUAUUCGAGUUCACAGAAAUUCUGUUAUGUAUCGAGGGGCUGUAUUGAAUCUCCAUAAAUAUAGAUUAAGAGCAAGUAGCUGUCCGAAUAUCUACAGAAAUAGUAUGACGACAUUGGCAAAAGAGAGCGAGGAGAAAUGGUACAGUGAAUUGAUCGAAUUGCUGAAAGGAAUGAUGGAUUUUUCAAUGUUUCUAGAAUUACAUUUUCUUUUAUUGUCAUUGUCGACAAUUUUGCUAUUCACAUGGUUUAUUGUCCCCUAUUUUUAUCUUGUCGAGCAUCUCAAGAGAAAUGGACACUCAGAAGAUGAGGGUUCAUUUUUACUUAGCAUCAUUGGAAUUACAAACACAAUAGGAAUGAUUGGUUUAGGUUGGGCUGGUGAUCAACCAUGGAUGAAUGUGAGCAAAACCUACACAUGGUGUCUCAUUGCCUGUGGAAUAGCAACAUGUUUAAUGUCAUUUUUAACUUAUAAUUAUUAUUUUAUGAUAAUUGUCUCAGCUGCUUUUGGCUUAUUUUUUGCGAGUAAUUUUAGUUUUACACCGGUUAUUCUUGUCGAAUUAAUACCAUUGGAGAGAUUUACGACUGCUUAUGGUCUGAGUCUUCUUUGUCAGGGUAUUGGUAAUUUAUUAGGACCUCCCUUAGCAGGAUUAUUAUUCGAUAUAACUGGUACAUGGGAUUUAUCCUUUCUCAUGGCUGGUGGAUGGAUUAUUUUCUCGGGACUUCUCAUGGGAUUUAUUCCAUACACUAGAAAUAGAAAAAUUUGGGGCAGUGGUCCCGUGGAAAUGGAAAAAGAAAGAGAGGCAUAUGCCUAGAAAAGAGAAAUUUAUCCUUUUAUUAUUAAUUAAUUUCAAAAUAAUGUCCAAAGAUCUGCGACGAAUAUAAUAUAAAUAUAUAUAGCCAUCCACGAAAUAUAUAACUUUUCCUAAGGAAAAUAUUUGAUAUAGAGAGAAUUUAACGUGUAUGAAUCAUAUGGAUGAAAUUUACACCAUUAUUUAAUAUUUAAUUAUAAUUAGUAUAUUAUUUUAUCGUUGAAGUAAAAUUUCUUUACUUGCUCAUAUACUCUUGAUUUUUAGCUCUUAACUCUUGAUUUUAGAUAUAUUUUUAAAAAUUUGUUUUCUUUAUAUAAUUUUCAGAAAACAAUAUUGAAAAAAAAAUUUCUGAAUCUCUUUUGAAAAACAUUCCAGCUUUUUAAAAUUAGUUUUUAAAUGUAACAUAUUUCGCUAGUUAAUAAUUUACGGUUAUAUAAGAAUUGUUACGUUUUAUGUAGUUAUUAAAAAAAAAAGUUUCUGGCAUUGUUGAAUAAUUUUGUUAUUAAAUCUUGUAAAAUCCAAAUGUGAUCUGAAAACUAUUAUAAUAUGAUUAUAAUUAAUCUAUAUUUAAAAAAAAACACAUUACAAUAGUGUGACACUGAAUGUAUAAAAUUGUAACGUAAAAAAAUAUGAUGCAAAACAAAAAAUUUAGUUAACAAAUUAGGAAAAAUUUCAUAAAAUCAAUUCAAUAUCUUCAUUAAAUAUAUAUAUUUUUUUUAAUAGUUACUCCAGUGACAUUAUUUUGCUAUGGAUUUUAUUUACACGAAGCACAAUAUUAUUUACAAAAUAAAUUGUCAAAUUUUAUUUUUCGAAAAUGACUAAUUUCUUUUGUAUAUAGUAUUCUUAAAAUAAGUGUUUGAUAACAUUAUAGAUACAGAGAACAAAUUACGCUUACAGAAACAAAAAUGCUACACAAUUUAUACCAUCCUAAAUAAUAUUUGUUAGAUUUGUAAAAUCUAAUAAUAAAAAAUAAUAAAUAAUAAAAUAGGAACGUGAAUAUUGCGCAAGCACAUGAAAAAUAGUUCAUCCCAUGGGAUUUAAAAACAAGUACAAUAUAUUAGAAAAAAAAAUUAUUUAUAAUUUAAUUACACUUAACUCAAAUAAUUAUAAAAUAAUAAUCUUUGGAAAUUUUUCAAAUAAAUAACAGAAAAACAUUUUGUAUUUAAAAAAUACACUACAUUUUGAAUAAUCAAAAUUCAAACACUUUUGAUAGAUUUUUGUAAAACAUUGUUGCCUUUCAUUACAGGAGACUGGAGUAUUUAAAAUAAAAAUUUUAUGAAAUGUUAAUUUAUUUUUAAAUUAUCAAUAUUUCACAAUGUUUAGUAAAAAGAAAAACGAACAAUUUUUCCAAUUACGCGGUUUAAUAGAUAACUAUUUUUAAUAAGGAAAUUUGUAAUUGACAAAUUCAAAUUGGAAUAUGAAAUUUUUUGAAAAACAAAUUUCUUUUCAUUCUUUAUAAUAUUACAUUUGUUCCAUAAAAAAUAUUUUUUAAUUUAUUCUCUCCUUAAAACAGAAAUAAACGACGAUUUAGUCAAAAUAUUGACUAAUUUCAAUAUUUUGGAGUAACUUUUCGAAAUGUUUAAUGUAUAAAAAAAAAAAAAAAAACUUGACUAUUUUCUGGGCGCAAUACUAUAU